AUGUCAGGGAAUGACUGGCCGCCAUGGGAACGAUUUAACGAUUGGGUACACUCCAUUUGCGUUGUCACCUUCGAUUUGGAAUUGGGACAAGCUCUUGAGGUUAUCUAUCCUGGGGAUGCUGUACUGAGUACUCAAGAGAAGACAAAUAUCUGCUAUCUGGCAUUUCCUGACUCAAAUAGCGGUAACACUAAAGACACAAACUUUCAUUUUCGGAUACGAAGGAGCAUAACGGAAAUAACUUCCUCGCAACGAACUCUAUUAGAACGUUCUUCCCAUUCCGCAUCAUUUGAUCCCAGUUACCUGUAUGGUUUUGUCCAUUUCCGUCAGCAAAAAGACUCGUCGAUCCAACGAGGUUAUUACCAGAAGAGCUUAGUGUUAAUCACCAUACUUCCAUUCUUCAAUCUCUUCUCUGUAGUCAUCGAACGGAUAGCACUGCAGUUUUUUGAGAAUGGCGAGCCUGCCAUUGAAGCAGCAUGUCAUGACAUGGACCAGUGGCCGUCGCCAUGCGCUGGAGAACCGCUUUCAUUACCGUUGCUGGGCUCCCUUUUACGGAUUCGAAUCCCCUGUCAAGCUGACUUACCCAUAGACUUUCGCAUGAUGCCUCCUUUAAAAGACAUCAAUGGUAGCAACAUGGAUACAGUGUUAAUAUCGUCCGUCCAUCAGGUCGAUAUGUACAAAGCUCUGCAUACUGUUAUCAACCAGCUACAAUUGCUAUGGGAAUUGGUUCUGAUCGGUGAGCCACUACUCGUAAUGGCCAACACACCUCAGCGUUGUUCGUCAAUUGUGCAGGCUUUGGUCUCACUCAUUGCGCCACUACGAUAUCAUAACGAUUACCGCCCUUUUUUUACCAUUCAUGACUCCGAAUUCAAGGAAUACUCUUCCAGAAGUCGAACACCGCCACGAGUAAUAUUAGGUGUGACGAAUCCAUUCUUUAUCAAAGCGCUCGACCAUUGGCCGCAUAUUCUAAAGGUUGGCGAUAAAGUUGAAGGCACCGAAACACCGGAACGUCAAGAAAAGACAAGGAAGAACUGGGAUGGCCGAACUCUUGAUACGAAGCCUGGCAUAUACACUCAAUACAAAGCUUAUUUGAAUAAGGAUAAAAGCGUCGCUAAGAAGUUGCUGAAGGGUGAUCGACCUUCAGAGGUUCAAUGCAACAUAUUACGAAGACAUUUUCUCGAGUUGACGCAAAGUUUCAUGAUUCCGUUGGAACGGUAUUUGUCAUCUCUUAUGCCGCUUCGGAAAGAAAUGUCGCCUUUCAAGGCUAUACCUAGUGCGCGACCAUUUUCUAUUGAUGAUUUCUUAUUAACAAUUGAUGGUUCUGGCCCAUCGUUAACUUGUGGAGUGAAAGGAGACUGGCCAGGGUUGUACCGCCGUUUUGUUGGCAGUGCGAAUUUCGCUGGAUGGUUGGCGAAUCGUAGUCGAGAUGUAAGCGCGCAACUCAAGGCGCAGUACGUGGAGGCAUUAUGUUCAGCAGACCUUGGUUCAAAAGUUUUGGCAACCAAACAUCACGUUGAAAUAGUGGAUUUGGUAUUGAGAGUUCGACAACGGAUAAUUGAAUUAGAGGAGGCUAGUGAAAAACGCCAUCAGUUGGUGCGCCAGAUUGUCUCCAUUCUGUCCUGUGUUGAUGAAGAGCUGAAGCAGGUGUUAAUGUCGAACUGUUCCCUCCGUGAAAUUGUUUCAUAA